AGAAAGAUAGCACUAAUUUUCUGCCACGGCUCCUGCCCAGUCCGAUCUUCGAUCUUUUCCUCCAGGAAACGAAUCUGCUGCCGGAACUCGAGAGUUCAGUGACUCGGCAGGAGAAGAUGGCGACUGUGUGGGACGAGGCUGAGCAAGAUGGAAUCGGGGAAGAGGUGCUCAAGAUGUCCACAGAAGAGAUUAUCCAGCGCACACGGCUGCUGGACAGUGAAAUCAAGAUUAUGAAGAGCGAAGUGUUACGCGUGACCCACGAGCUCCAGGCCAUGAAGGACAAGAUCAAAGAGAACAGUGAGAAGAUCAAAGUGAACAAGACCCUGCCCUACCUUGUCUCCAACGUCAUCGAGCUUUUGGACGUUGAUCCCAAUGACCAAGAGGAGGAUGGUGCCAACAUUGACCUGGACUCCCAGAGGAAGGGCAAGUGUGCCGUGAUCAAAACCUCCACUCGACAGACAUACUUCCUGCCUGUGAUUGGGUUGGUGGAUGCUGAAAAACUGAAGCCGGGAGACCUGGUGGGUGUGAACAAAGACUCCUAUUUGAUCCUGGAGACUCUACCCACAGAGUACGACUCACGGGUGAAGGCCAUGGAGGUGGACGAGAGGCCCACAGAACAAUACAGUGACAUCGGGGGCUUGGACAAGCAGAUUCAGGAGCUGGUGGAGGCCAUUGUCCUGCCAAUGAACCACAAGGAGAAGUUUGAGAACUUGGGGAUCCAACCUCCAAAGGGGGUGCUGAUGUACGGGCCCCCAGGGACGGGGAAGACGCUGCUGGCCCGGGCCUGUGCUGCACAGACCAAGGCCACCUUCCUGAAGCUGGCUGGCCCUCAGCUGGUGCAGAUGUUCAUCGGGGAUGGUGCCAAGCUGGUCCGGGAUGCCUUUGCCCUCGCCAAGGAGAAAGCUCCAUCCAUCAUCUUUAUUGAUGAGCUGGAUGCCAUCGGCACCAAGCGCUUUGACAGCGAGAAGGCCGGGGACCGGGAGGUGCAGAGGACGAUGCUGGAGCUUCUCAACCAGCUGGACGGGUUUCAGCCCAACACCCAGGUCAAGGUAAUUGCAGCCACCAACAGGGUGGACAUCCUGGACCCUGCCCUGCUCCGCUCCGGCCGCCUGGACCGAAAGAUUGAGUUCCCGAUGCCCAACGAGGAGGCCCGGGCCAGAAUCAUGCAGAUCCACUCCCGGAAGAUGAACGUCAGCCCUGAUGUGAACUACGAGGAGCUGGCCCGCUGCACAGAUGACUUCAACGGGGCCCAGUGCAAGGCUGUGUGUGUGGAGGCGGGCAUGAUCGCACUCCGCAGGGGUGCCACGGAGCUCACCCACGAGGACUACAUGGAGGGCAUCCUGGAGGUGCAGGCCAAGAAGAAAGCCAACUUGCAGUACUAUGCCUAGGGUGCCGCCACCACACCAUCCCCUGCUCUCUUGCUGGUUAACAUUCAUAAUAAAAGAUGGUUUCAGGUCUCUGA